AUGGUUGAAAGGUGUACUGGACAGUUCGUAACUCAACCCACAAAAAACACCGGGAAUUCUCCAAAUUCAGUGACAACAGCUGAUUUCAAUGGUGAUCAUAGAAUUGAUUUGGCUGUUGCAAAUGAGGGUUCUCAGACCGUCAGUAUACUGGUUGGCAACGGGGAUGGAACAUUUCAGAGUCAAGUCACAUACAAAACUGGGAGUGCUCCAUAUGCUGUGACAACGGGGGAUUUCAAUCGUGAUAACCGAACUGAUUUGGCUGUCGCAAAUUCUGCUGAUAACACCGUCAGUAUACUCCUCGGUUACGGUAACGGAACAUUUCAUGGUCAAGUGCCAUAUGGAACUGGGAAUGCUCCAUAUUCUGUGACAACGGGGGAUUUCAAUCGUGAUAAUCGAACAGAUUUAGCUGUCGCAAAUUCUGCUGAUAACACCGUCAGUAUACUGGUUGGCAACGGCGACGGAACAUUUCAGAGCCAAGUCACACAUGCAACUGGGACGUACCCACUUUCUGUGACAACGGGGGAUUUCAAUGGUGAUAAUCGAACUGAUUUGGCUGUAGCAAAUCAAGACGAUAACACCGUUAGUAUAUUGCUCGGUAUCGGCAACGGAACAUUUCAAAGUCAAGUGAAAUAUGGAACUGGGACCUACCCACUUUCUGUGACAACGGGGGAUUUCAAUGGUGAUGAUCGAACUGAUUUGGCUGUUGCAAAUUACGGUGAUGGCACCGUCAUUAUAUUGAUUGGUAAUGGCGAUGGAACAUUUCAAAGUCAACCCAUAAAAAAUGCUGUGAAUGGUCCAUAUUCACUGACAACAGGUGAUUUCAAUGGUGAUAAUCGAACUGAUUUGGCUGCGGCAAAUAAGGGCUCUAACACCGUCAGCAUAUUGCUUGGUAACGGCAACGGAACAUUUCAGGGUCAAGUAACAUAUGGAACUGGGAAUGAUCCAGAUUCUGUCACAACAGGAGAUUUCAAUGGUGAUAAUCGAACUGAUUUGGCUGUGGCAAAUAAGGGUUCUGACACCGUCAGCAUAUUCCUCGGUAGUGGCGACGGAACAUUUCAGAGGCAAUCCACAAACGGCACUGGGAAUUCUCCAUAUUCUCUGACAAGAGCUGAUUUCAAUGGUGAUAACAGAUCUGAUUUGGCCGUUGCAAAUCAAGGGGAUAACACCGUGGGUAUAUUCCUCGGUAACGGCAACGGGACAUUUAAAGGCCAAGUCACGUAUGGAACUGGGAGUGCUCCAUAUUCUGUGACCACAGGUGAUUUCAAUGGUGAUCAUAGAACUGAUUUGGCUGUUGCAAAUCAAGGGGAUAACACUGUGAGUAUAUUGCUCGGUAACGGCAACGGGACAUUUAAAGGCCAAGUCACGUAUGGAACUGGGAGUGCGCCAUAUUCUGUGACAACAGGUGAUUUCAAUGGUGAUCAUAGAACUGAUUUGGCUGUUGCAAAUCAAGGGGAUAACACUAUCAGUAUACUGCUCGGUAACGACGACGGAACAUUUCAGAGUCAAGUGCCAUAUGGAACUGGGAGUGCUCCAUAUUCUGUGACAACAGGUGAUUUCAAUGGUGAUAAUCGGACUGAUUUGGCUGUCGCAAAUUCCGCUGAUAACACCGUUAGUAUACUGCUCGGUAACGACGACGGAACAUUUCAGAGUCAAGUGCCAUAUGGAACUGGGAGUGCUCCAUAUUCUGUGACAACAGGUGAUUUCAACGGUGAUAACACAACUGAUUUGGCUGUCGCAAAUGCGGGUUCUAAGAACAUGAGUGUAUUGAUCGGUUACGGUAACGGAAAAUUUUAUGGUGGAGUCACAUAUGUAACUGGAAAUUAUCCAUAUUCUGUGAUAACAGGUGAUUUCAAUGCUGAUAAUCGGACUGAUUUGGCUGUCGCAAAUUCCGGUGAUGACACCGUCAGUAUAUUCGGCGGUAAGGGCGACGGAACAUUUCAAAGUCAGGCCACAUAUCCAACUGGGAAGUACCCAAUUUCACUGACAACAGGUGAUUUCAAUGCAAUUGGAGGUUUAUUCCCGAAACGUAUCAUCGGCACUUUUGAAAAUAAUGUAUUGAGACAAUUAAUUUUGAGUGUAAUUGCAACAUUAUUUUCAAAGUUACAAAUUAAUCAGUCAGUUAUAUUUUGUAAUUCGACUCAACGUGUGGAAUUAUUAGCGAAAAAAGUAACUGAGUUAGGUUAUUCAAGUUAUUAUAUACAUGCAAAAAUGAGGCAAGAAGCAAGAAAUCAAAAUACAUCUUUUUCGGUACACAUACACUUAAUAACUCGUGGCAUUGAUGUUGAUCCAGUGAAUGUUGUUAUUAAUUUUGAUUUUUCGCAUAUGGCUGAAACAUAUCUAAAUCGUAUUGGUCGAUCAGGUCGAUUUGGUCAUUUUGGUAUUGCUAUUAACUUCGUUACAUAUGAAGAUCGAAGCCCUUGGGCUUCUAAUACACCUUCCACAUCGAUUCCUCCAGAGGGGGCUUCUAAUACGGAGGAGGGGUUAAAAAAUUGA